GCAGUUGGUGUGUGAGAGCAGUCACUGGCAGUGAUUACAGUGCUGUUGGCAGUUGGUGUGUGUGAGAGCAGUAACUGGCAGUGAUUACAGUGCUGUUGGCAGUUGGUGUGUGUGAGAGCAGUAACUGGCAGUGAUUACAGUGCUGUUGGCAGUUGGUGUGUGAGAGUAGUAACUGGCAGUGAUUACAGUGCUGUUGGCAGUUGGUGUGUGAGAGCAGUAACUGGCAGGGAUUACAGUGCUGUUGGCAGUUGGUGUGUGAGAGCAGUCACUGGCAGGGAUUACAGUGCUGUUGACAGUUGGUGUGUGAGAGUAGUAACUGGCAGGGAUUACAGUGCUGUUGGCAGUUGGUGUGUGAGAGCAGUCACUGGCAGUGAUUACAGUGCUGUUGGUGUGUGUGAGAGCAGUAACUGGCAGUGAUUACAGUGCUGUUGGCAGUUGAUGUGUGAGAGCAGUCACUGGCAGGGAUUACAGUGCUGUUGGCAGUUGGUGUGUGAGAGCAGUCAAGGGCAGGGAUUACAGUGCUGUUGGCAGUUGGUGUGUGAGAGCAGUAACUGCUUGGGGAUUACAGUGCUGUUGACAGUUGGUGUGUGAGGCAGUCACUGCUUGGGGAUUACAGUGCUGUUGACAGUUGGUGUGAGAGUAGUAACUGGCAGUGAUUACAGUGCUGUUGGCAGUUGGUGUGUGUGUGAGAGCAGUCACUGGCAGUGAUUACAGUGCUGUUGGCAGUUGGUGUGUGAGAGUAGUAACUGGCAAUGAUUACAGUGCUGUUGGCAGUUGGUGUGUGUGUGAGAGCAGUCACUGGCAGUGAUUACAGUGCUGUUGGAAGUUGGUGUGUGUGUGAGAGCAGUCACUGGCAGUGAUUACAGUGCUGUUGGCAGUUGGUGUGUGAGAGCAGUCACUAGCAGUGAUUACAGUGCAGUUGUGAUUGGUGUGUGAGGAGCAGUAACUUGGCGAGAGUGAUUACAGUGCUAUUGGCAGUUGGUGUGUGUGAGCAGUAACUGGCAGUGGUCCACAGCCAGUGCUGUUGGCAGUUGGUGUGUGAGAGUAUUGGUAACUGGCAGUGAUUACAGUGCUGUUGGCAGUUGGUGUGUGAGCAGUAACUGGCAGGGUUACAGUGCUGUUGCUUGAUUCGGUGUGUGAGCAGUCACUGGCAGGGAUUACACAGUGCUGUUGGCAGUUGGUGUGUGUGAGGCAGGUCACUGGCAGGGAUUACAGUGCUGUUGGCGGUUGGUGUGUGUGAGCAGUAACUGGCAGGGAUUACAGUGCUGUUGGCGGUUGGUGUGUGUGUGAGGAGCAGUAACUGGCGAGUUACAGUGCUGUUGGCAGUUGAUGUGUGAGGAGCAGUCACUGGCGGGAUUACAGUGCUAUUGGCAGUUGGUUGUGUGCAAGGAGCAGUCACUGGCAGGGAUUACAGUGCUGUUGGCAGUUGGUGUGUGAGAGCAGUCACUGGCAGGGAUUACAGUGCUGUUGACAGUUGGUGUGUGAGAGCAGUCACUGGCAGGGAUUACAGUGCUGUUGACAGUUGGUGUGUGAGAGCAGUAACUGGCAGUGAUUACAGUGCUGUUGGCAGUUGGUGUGUGAGAGCAGUCACUGGCAGGGAUUACAGUGCUGUUGACAGUUGGUGUGUGAGAGCAGUAACUGGCAGGGAUUACAGUGCUGUUGGCAGUUGGUGUGUGAGAGCAGUCACUGGCAGGGAUUACAGUGCUGUUGGCAGUUGGUGUGUGAGAGCAGUCACUGGCAGGGAUUACAGUGCUGUUGGCAGUUGGUGUGUGAGAGCAGUCACUGGCAGGGAUUACAGUGCUGUUGGCAGUUGAUGUGUGAGAGCAGUCACUGGCAGGGAUUACAGUGCUGUUGGCAGUUGGUGUGUGAGAGCAGUCACUGGCAGGGAUUACAGUGCUGUUGACAGUUGGUGUGUGAGAGCAGUCACUGGCAGGGAUUACAGUGCUGUUGACAGUUGGUGUGUGAGAGCAGUAACUGGCAGUGAUUACAGUGCUGUUGGCAGUUGGUGUGUGAGAGCAGUCACUGGCAGGGAUUACAAUGCUGUUGGCAGUUGGUGUGUGAGAGCAGUCACUGGCAGGGAUUACAGUGCUGUUGGUGUGUGAGAGCAGUAACUGGCAGUGCAGUUUCCAGCUGUCAGUUGAUCUGAAAUCUCUAGAAGAAUCUAACCGUUCACAAAUGGCGUUCAUAGACUUCUAGGCUGGCACGGUAAUAGUCCCUGCUCCAAACUAACUGCUUUGUAGAGAAGGCUGGAUUGCAGAUUAUGAUCCCCAGUCCUGUUUUAAGAUAAUCUGUGCUAAAUGUUCUUUAUUACAUUAAAGGAAGCGGAAAAAUAUAAAGACGAUUAUAACAAAUUGCGGUAUGAAAACACCUUUCUGAAAUCACAGUUUGAGCAUCAAAAGGAACAGCAUGCCCGCGUUUCAGAGGAACAAAAGAUGAAAUAUGAAGCAGAGGUAUUAAUGACAUUUGGAGUGCACGGUGUAGGAUGGAGCUUUAUUUUGAAAACUGUUAAUAUAUGAGAUUACCUAAUAAGGCCCAGUUCUACAAUCAGUGCUGAUACUUGAAAACAUAAUCGGUGUGUUUGUUUUUCUUAAAAAUUAUUUUAAAACUGCUUUGGUGUUCUAUCACAAUUAGAGUAAAAGCAUUGGAGGUCCCCUCACUCCCACCCCUUUAUAUGAUUGGUUUACUUUUAAAGGGGAACUGCAACUUAUCUGGAAUUAGCCCAAAUUAAAGUCUCCUGUAACUUGUUUUUCUUAUUUUUUCAUGACCUGUUCUGUUUACGUUAAAGUUACAUUGAAGAUUUAAAAAAUGAAAUCUUACACUUUGCCCACAGUUGCAGAAUCGGAGAGUGGAUCUCUGCCUUUGGGUUUUAUUUGUUACACCUCACAUAUACUUAUUUUGUUAGAUAUUGGGAUAAGUUAAACACCUUAUUUAAUUAUUUUUUUUCUUCUAUUGGAGAUUUCUGCUUUGGAAAAGGAUAAGGAGGAGUUGAAUAAUCAGAUCGUAAGUGUUGAUCACACAAGAGACGGCAAGCGAGUGGAAGAUCUCCUGAGGGAUAAAGCUCACUUGCUUCAAAAAGUAAAAGGUUUAGAAGAUGAAGUGAAAGAGCUGCGAGCCGAGAGAGAACAUUAUGGUUCUCAGGCCGAAAACGUUCAGAGGAUACAGGUUCGACAAAUGGCAGAGACGCAGACAACAAUCCGAUCUCUGGAGGUAACCGUUAUUAUUUAUUAGUGAUUCUCAAACAUAAUGCAAAUACACAUUCACCCUAUCCCUUCUGUCAUCACGCCACCUGGUGGCUAAAAAGGCAUAUUGAUACAAAAGUAUCAGGAUGUAGCAAUGCACCUAAAGUACACUUAACUCCUUCAAGAACGGACUGAUUUGCGAUGUUUGUGCGUUAGGGACCAGAGCUAUUUUAACACUUUUGUGGUGUUUGUGUUUAGCUGUAAUUUUCCGAUCUCUCAUUUAGUGUUCUGAUACAAAUUAUAUAUUUUUUUUUUCAGGACAAAAAGGGCUUUCUUUACAUACUAUUAAUUUUUAUCAUGUCAUAUAAUUUAAUUAAAAAAUAAUAAUAAAAUAUGGUGGGGAAAAAAAAUAUCUUUUACUGAUCUACAAAAUUGAAUGAAACAAACUGCUAAAUAGAUUAAAAAUGUUGUCCUGAGUUUAAAAACACCCAGUGUUUUUGUUUUUUUUUGCUUUUAUUUGCAAGUUAUAGGGCUAUAAGUACAAGUAGGAAAUUGCUGUUUCAAAAUGUACAUUUUUCAAAUGUAUCAAUAGUGACAUUGUAACACUAUGUCAGAAAUCUCCAAAAAACACCCCACAUGUAAAUAUUUUUCUUAAACUAGAUAAUCCAGGGUAUUCAUCUAAGAAUACUUUUAUACUUUCUAUGCAGCCAUUUUACCACAAACCUUUAACAAACUUUGCAUAGGUAUAUAUUUUUUUUUUUUCACAUACAUUGCAAUUCAGGUAUAAAUGCACAGAUUCUGUUAGGUGUCACUACCAAACAACACCCCAGUAUGUGUUCAGCAACAUCUCCCGAGUACAGUGAUACCCCCCAUGUAUAGGUGUGUUGGGUUGUUUGGGGGCUAAAAGGUCACGUUUUGCAGGUGCGCAUAUCAGUUUCCCAGCUUGGAAUUUUGACAUGUAGUCAACCUGCAUGCAUGUCCUAUUUGGGACUUUUUUUUGAAGCCGACCAAUGUAUUUUACCCUCAUCACACCAUAUAUUUUUGAAAAGUAGACACCCUAGGGUAUUUCACAUGGUGGUAUUUAAACACUUUCCAUGCACUAAUUCUACCCCCAGGCUUUGUCAAACAUUGAGUUAGUAAUUUUUUUUCUGUUUUUUUUCACACACAUUGUACUUUAGGCAUGAAUUAACAGAUCCUGUUAUGUAUCACUGCCAAACACCCCAAUAUGUGUUCAGCAAGAUCUCCUGAAUACAGCGAUACCACCCAUGCAUAGGCUUGUCAGGUUCUUUGGGGGCUAAAAGGCCACGUUUGGCAGGUGCGCUUAUCAGUUUCCCAACUUGGAAUUUUGACAUCAACCUGCGCCCAUGUCCCAUUUGAGCCAAUGUAUUUUACCCCCAUCAAACCAUAUACUUUUGAAAAGUAGACAACUCAGGGUAUUUUAAAUGGUGGUAUUUUAACACUUUUCAUGCACUGAAUGCUACCACCAGCCUUUGUCAAACUUUUGGGUAGUAAUCUUUUUUUAUUUUUGUUUCUUUGUCAUACGCAUUGUACUUGAAUUGGCAUGAAUUAAGAGAUCCUGUUAUGUGUCACUGUCCAAUAUGUUCAGCAACAUCUCCCGAGUACAGUGAUACCCCCCAUGUAUAGGGUUGCUGGGUUGUUUGGGGGCCAAAAGGCAACAAUCAGAACUUGUACAUGUAAGUUUUGCAACUUGAUAUAUAGGUAUGCUUGAUCUAUCUUCAGUUUGACAUAUUUUUGCACCCCCCAGUUAAUGUUACCAUCAUGACAGUAUAUAUAGUAUAUAUUUUUAUAAAGUAGACAUCAAAGGCUAUAGAAGAUGGGGUGUUUUGACUUCUUUCCCCCAACCAUUUUGCCCCCCAAAGAAAGUGUAGUGGUAAUUUUCUAAUUCUGUUUUUUUUUUUUUAUGCACACAUCAUCUGGUUAUGUGUUACUGCCAUAAAAUUUGUUAGACCAAAUGUGCAGGUAGCAAAUGUACAUUUAGCAGCAAUCUUUAAACUGACUCCUGCAAAUAGAAUCUAACUGGAGAUUUGGGGGAAGGAAACGGACUAACAAAAAAUGGUUGCUUUCCAAAGAAACAUAAAAUAAAAAUUCAGGAACACUUCUUACAACUGUUCUGUAUGGUACAGCUUGAAACAUGUUCCUACACACAGUCCUGGUUUCGAAGGGCAAUCAGGACAGUGAAAAGGCGUGUCUGACCUUUUCACGUUUUUAAAACAGACCCGGCAACGUUUGUUUUUUUUUUUUGUUUUUUUGUCCUAGCAGUUGGCGGUAACUUAAAAAUAAAAUGUCUGGACUCCGCUUGCACCAUUGUUGGAACUUGUCCAUCUCCAUAAAUUGUUAAAGAAAUAAUUUUCAACUGAAAUUGGAGAAAGGUGGUUUUCCCUGGAUUAUUUUUAAAAAAAAAAGCAAAAAUGAGUUGUGGGCUGCUAUUUGCAUCAUAUAGAUAGCCACCUUUUUUAUACCAUGCUUUGGUUUUUCGUAAAAUAAGAUAUGGCUGUAUCAGCUGACAAGCCAAAUCGACACCCCCAUGUACUUAUUAUACGCCCUGAUGCAAACCGGUUUGGACUCUACUCUGCCCCGGACAGAGACUCCUGACAUGCGUUCGUCAUGGAUGGUGGUUAGCAUGUUGACAUCCUUCCUGUCCCUAAAUUUUAGUGCAAGCACUUCAACUGUGCGAAGUGCUUUACAUUCGCCUUUUUUUUUUAAAUUUUGCCUCUAUGAGAGAUCGUGGAAAGUCUUUGGAAUUUUUUCUGGCAGUGCCGCAGGCCAGUGUCUGUAAAACAUAAAGUGUUUUAAACAGACGGACACUACUAUAAAAAUUAUCCACAUAAAGGUGGUAACCUUUAUUAAACAAGGGGUUUAGUAGGUCCCAUACAAGUUUCCCACUUGUCCCCAGGGAGUCAGGAUAGCCAGGAGGGUCCAGUUGGCCAUCUUUCCCCUCAUAUACACGAAAGGCAAAUGUGUAUCCACUUUCGCUCUCGCACAGUUUGUACAGUUUAAUGCCUAGAGCGCUUUGAGGGGGUGUAUUGUCUGAACCCUAAUCUCCCUUUGUAUUUCAUUAGAGAUUCAUCUAUGGAAAAUUUUGUUGGGGGGUAUAAACAUCCGAAAAUUUGUCCUGAAAAUGGUCUAGCAGUGGGCGUAUUUUAUAAAGCCUAUCGUAUUGGGGGUGAUCUCAUGGGUGACAGAGGGUAUUGUCUCUGAAAUUUAAAAAUCUCAGCAGUAACUCGUAUCUGGCUCUAGGCAUGGUUUGGGAGAAUACUGGACUAGACAUUAUUGGGUUGGUGCUCCAGUAUGAGCGAAUCGAUGGCUUCUUUAUAAUCCCCAUGAGCAUUGUAAGAGCCCAGAAUUUUUUAAGCUCCGGGACAUCUGUGGGAUGCCAGUUAUGCUCCCUGACUGUAUAGCUACCUGGAUUGUUAUCAAUAAAUUGGGUAGCAUACAAGUUAAUCUGGGAAGCAAUCUCCUCCCAGAUGGUAUCCCCUAAAAAUAGUUCUACAUACUGCAUUGGGGAGAAGCCAUCCACAUUAUAUAACAUUAAUGCCUGCGUUGGCACUAAAAGGGGGGACGUUGGGCUCGGCUAACUGUGGAGGUACCCAGUCCUCCUCCACAUUCGGCAUAGCAGAGGAAGCACAGCCGGCUCACACACAGAUGACGUGUCGUCUUGACUAGACGUGUCAGAAAACCGACAUGGGUCAAAAUCUGACGCAGUGUCAGUGGCGUCAGAUUCUGACGCCAAGAAGGCAUAUGCCUCCUGCAAGUUAUACAUAUGCUGCAUGUUUUACACACGACUAAAACAAAUUACAAACACACAAAUUUAUUUUUAUACUUUUUUUUUUUUUUUUUUUUUUUACUAAAACAGACUAAACAGCAACCCCUAAACUAACUCCUGUCACAAAAAUCUAAUGGAGAUUUGGGGAAAGGAAACUGACUGACUGACCAAGACACAGAUUUUUAAAACAAAUUUAACCCUUUAAGGGUAAAAAUAAAUAAAUACAGACAGCACAAAUGCACUGCUGUAACAGAUCUGGCAGGGAAGGGGUUAAAAAUGUUUUUUUUUUUUUUUUUUUUAAAUUCACUUUAGAUACUGUAUAAAGCUGUGGAACACUUCUGCUGCAACAAACUAUCACGAUCUCUUUCUCUCUCGCCUCACAAAACGCUACAGAGGAGAGAAGGGCAGAGAUCACUGUCAAAGUGAGUGUUUGUAACACCCACUUUGACAGCAGCCAAUUGUGAGCGAUCAAGCAUACCUGGGAUGUCUGGCAGAUAGUUAGUGUUAUACUGGCGGGAGCGAUCUUUGAUCGCUUUCCGCAGCCUGUUCUUCGCUAUGAUGGUUCGGGACCGUCAGCGGUCCAAACGCACAUUUUACCACUGACGGUCCUGAACUGUCAGCGGUCCUGGAGGGGUUAACAAAAAGAAACGACUUCUAUUACUGAAAUAGUCUUUGAAGUUUCGAAGUUCCUUCAUGUUAUAUGCCCAUUAUAGUCCAUAAAAUGCCAGCCAGUAAUACCUUCCAAUCUCCUCUGAUAUAUCCAGGUAUAUUAAAAAGAGAAGUCAUUAAUAAAUAAAGGAAUUAAUAAAUAUGAAAAUGAUUGAAAAGGCUAUAUAUGUUCUAUCAAUUUAUUUAAUAUAUGCCAUAAAAGUUCAACUGGUGAUUAUUUAAAAUAAAAAGGGUAUUCCUUUGUAUGUACAGAACUCCUAAAAAUGUUCUUCCACCUAAAAAAUAUUCAUCUGUAACAUAAGCGCAGACCUUCCUCAGUACAGCCAAAGUUUCCUGAAGUUGAUAAGAUACAGCUGAUUUGUAGUGGUCUCUUGCUAACCAAGUGUUGGAGCAGGAUUGGAGUGAUGGGAGUCAACCGUUUCCAAUUGCAUUUCUCCGCUUCUGUAGCAUUGAGCCGUACCAGUCUGAACAUGCCUGAUCUCGUCAGAUCUCAGCAGCCAUCCAGACUGGGCUUGAUUAGAACUCUUCUUGGAGACAAAGUAGGAACUACAGGUGCCAUAGGACGCAUUGAGAAAGCCGCAGAAAUGGAGGAAAAACUAGUGGUGUGUGUGUGUGUGUGGUUUGCUUUUUCUCUUUUUGUAUCAGUGUUUCGCUGAGGGUGUGCAAGAGAGUAUUGCUAGUUAGAAGUGUGUGUGACUGUUUGUGUAUAUGUGAGUUGGAUAGGUGUGUGAGAGGAAGCAAAUGACUAUCCUAGUUAUGCAUACGGUGCGCAAAAAAACUAUAAAGAUUUAGUCAUGCAAAAAAUAUAAAAUAUUAAUGAGGCCAAAUGCAUUAAAGUUCUAUUGGUGCCCGCAAUGACCCUUUACAUAUCAAUAUAACAUUUCUAAAAUGUGAGAUACAAAUAUAAUACAUAAAAUAGAAAGGGUUACUCCAAGCACCGUGACCAUGUCAGAGAUUUGAAGUGGUCAUGGUGCGAAGAGUAGUGCAGUGUUUUGCAUUGAAAUGUGGUACAUACCGAGUUUGACCCAGUUGCUGCCAGAGUUCUAACUCCAUCUCCGCCAGUGUCAUUAGGGCACCAUUCGUGAGCCUGGAACAAGUGUUCCUGUAUGGCUAAUGUUUGUUCUGGGCGUAUUGGACAUCUGACAUUAGCAUUUAAUAUGGGGGAAUCGGGAUAGGAAGGGUUUCUCCCAUCGAAACUUUUUUUUUUUUUUAAAUUGAUCUUUAUUAGAAUUAUACACAAUAUAAAGCAUUCAUAUCACAUUGGAAAACUUAUCGUCAGAAGAAUCUCAUAUCAUCAAAUCGGAAGCAUUCAUAUUUCCCUCUAUUUUUUUCCUUCAUCCUUCUCCUUUCUCUUUCCUUCCCUUGAGAGAAUAAAUCGAUUUCCCUUCUUCUCCCCUUUCCUCUUCUCUCUUUCUUGACUACAUGAGUUUCCUAUUUUAAAAAUCACUUGCAUUACUACAUAAAACGUAAUCAUAAAACACACAAUACAAAAAAAGAGAAGGGGAAAGAAAAAGUAUUAUUCACAUUCUCAGGAGAGAGGGGGCAAGGUUCCUUUUUGACUAAAAUGUGCUAAGGGAUCUACUCUUAUUUAUGUCCCCCAAUUUAUAACCAAUCUAGGUUGUUUUUUUUUUUUUUGUUUGUUUGUUUUUUUUAAUCCAAUUGUCCCAUAAACCUAAGUGUCAUAUUUUUUAUAUUUGAGGGAGUUGAAAUUCCUUUUUCCAUUUUUAACCGGUGACCUAAUUGAGCUUCAAUUUGUUGCCAAGUGGGGCUAAUUGGGUUUUUCCAAUAUCUGAAGAGUUUCUGAAUUUGUUUGAAAAUUCAAUUUUUUUGACCCGUAUGCAUCAAUUUUUAGAUAGUUUAAAAAAUGUAACUUUUUGGAUAGCUUGUAUUUAGCAAUCAAUUCCCCAAAAGGUUUAAUUUUGUCAUUAUCCAAUAUAUCUGUUGUCCUAGUAAUGCUGAUAGUUAUCCAAUUAGACAAAUCCACCUCUUUCAAAAGAUCCCCAAGAAAAUUUAUCCUCAUAGAUGGUAAAAUGUUGCCUCUAAGAUCCAAGUCAUCUUUAAACUUUUUUUUUUUUUUUUUACCAGUUUUUUUAGAAUUUGAUUAAAAGAUAAAAUACCUCCAAAAACGCUCUCAGGCCUGAGUAACCCUCUAUUAUCUGAUGGUAAUUUGAAUGUGUAAUUAAUGAAUGUGUGUUAACACAUAACUGCAUUACAAAUAUUCUUUUUUUGCUAGUCCGAAAAACAGUCUGUGAAACUGCAACUUGAACGUUUGGAAAAAGAAUUCCAAUUGUCCACAGAACAAAAUCACACCCUCACUACUAAACUGCACAGAACAGAGCGGGAAGCUAAUGAGCUUUCUACAAGAGUAAGUGUUAAAUGGUUUUAAUAGAAUUUUUUAUUUUUUUUUAUUUUUUAUUUCUUUGCACAUUGUGCUUUGCCAUUUAAGAUUUAUUUAUUUUAAUAACCUGCAUAUAUUUUGUUUUAGAAGAAUUUCCUUAACAUGCCAAACUUUAUUCAGUAUAUUGAGGCAUAGAUUGGGCAUUCAAAUGAUUUAGAUUUUUUGCCAGCUACUUACCAUUUUGAAAAACGUAUCUCAUUCUGUGCUGAUUACAAAGUUAUUUCAAGCAAUCCUUUCUCCGAUAACAGAAAAAUUUAAUUGGCACAAAGUAAUCUUGGGGUUCCUUACUUCCUGUGUUUGUUGACUUAGGUUCUACAUGCACAGUCUGUAACUGAAAUUGGUUACCACAGCAGUAACCGGUAGAGCUCCCACAACUAAAGGCAUAGCCACGGAAAUAAGGAUUUCAGCACUAUCUUACAUUGCAGGAAUUGUUUGGGCACAGGGAUUGUGUUUGUAAUCCAAGCUAUUUUAAUUGAACAUAAUAAUAAUUUUAAAUGCAGUGAUCUGAUCCAGUCACUGCCUACAUAUUAAUCCAUUGAGGAGUUGACAGUCUUUUUUAUAUUAAACAAACAAAAAAUACCCUUCAUAGAUUGUUAUACUCCCUCUAAAGGUCAUGGCCUUUCUUUCAUUCCUCUAGACUGUAAGCUCUUUCGAGUAGGAUCUUGAUCAACCUAUUGUUCCUGUAACAAUUUGUCAUUGUCUCAUUCGUUGUAAAAUUCCCGCUCUUUAUAAAAUUGUAAGGCGUUGCAGAAUAAGUUGCUGUUUUUAAGUACUUUGUUCUACUGAGCCAGAUUAAGAUCCCUGUGUUAGCCCUUGGUCACAGGAGUAUUCAACUAUUGGGGUCUCUACUCCAUUUUGUUUCAAUGUGUUUAGGUAUUUAUCAUUUUCUCUGUAAACCCACCUGUGUGGUUUUUUUUGUUUUGUUUUAGAGUAAUCUAUAUUAACAGUAAACUAUAUGACCAAUGACUGAUAACAGCAAAAUUCGGGAAAGAAAAGUUCAGUUUGAUUAAAAAUUUAAUAGCACCAUCUGCUGGUCUAAGUAUGAAUAGUAUAUACUAUACUAUAGUUCGAGAUUCUUAUUUUAUUUUUAUUUUUUUACAGAUUGAUGAAAUCAAAUAUGCUCACAAAAUUGAAAUUGAUAACAUCAAGCUAGAAGCUGAACGGAAAAAGAAUGAUGCAGAAAGAGAAAGAGACAAGAUCAAAAGUCAACUAGAUGGUAUUCGGUAUUCCAUUAUACUAGAACAACCUUUGUUAAAAUGAUGUGCUCCUAACUACACCACUACACCAUAUUCUAUGGAGCACAAUGCUCAAAAUGUUUAUUGUAUAGGGCUGGGGUAGGCAACCUACGGCACUAGUGCCAUGCACGGCACUCGAGGUGUCUUUGCACGGCACUCAAGGCCUAUCAGGAGUCCCAGUAAAACUUCAGAUAUCUGCUCAAUUUAUGCAUUGCAGCACAUAGAGGAAGUGAUCUCAGAUCACUUCCUCCCAGCACUUGUGAAUAGGAAUCCACACUGUAGUAGAGCAGCUCGCAGUUGCUGUUGCAGCUCCUGUCCUUGACCUGUACCUGGCCAGCUUGGUCCCCACUGGAACCCACCCACACUGCUAGAUAUACAGAGAAAUGCAGAAUAACCCUCCCCUCAUAAAAAUAAUACGGACAGCCCGCACACAAACAUGCACACAAUCCGCACAAAUGAAACACCAUUAACAAUCCACAUACAUGCACACAACCCCACAUGCAAUACCCCAAACAGCACCCACACACUACCAAACACACACUGUGACAUCCAUCCACACACACACACAAUUCCACAAGCAGCCACCAUACACAGCCCACAUUCCUAUGUAUCAUACACAAUACCAUAAACUACUCAUGAACAUAUACAAUAUAAUAGCUCAUAUACGCAGGGCCGUCUUUAACGCGGGGCAAACAGGCCAGCUACAUCGUGAGCCCUUUGGCCUCAACUAUUUCUAACACUUUGGCCGGUAAUCCGCACACUAAGGAGGCCCACCAGGUGGCCCAUGCACAAAGGACCACCCGAUGGGCUUCUGUCAGCAGGGGCCCGGUCGCAUGCUGAGGCGCUUUAACAGCGCAAGCGGGCCCCUUGCUUUUCGGCAGCAGGCUGGGAGGAAGUGACGGCCGCGCAUCACUUCCUCCCACAAAGAGAGGAGUGCGUGGGAAAGAAGAGUAGAGGGGCUGGCCGAGAGUGCUAGACCCCAACUCCCAAAACCUUCAGCCACCAGCAGGAAAGGUAGGAAACUGGAGCGUGGGUUUUAAAGUGUAUGUCUGUCAGUGUGUGUGUGUGUGUGUUAGUAUGUUAGUAUGUUUGUGUGUGUGCGCAUUUCAGUGUGUGUAUAUAUCUGUGUGUGUAUAUGUGCAUACAUCUCAGCAUUCACACACUAACUCUGCACACAAAUACACCCCUGCAUUCAAAUUUCAACACUACGUACAAACACGUCUGUGUUACACACCAAAAUUAUAUGUAAAUACACCCCUGCAUUCAAAAACCAACACUAUACAAAUACAUGCCAACACCACAUACAAACAUAUUCCAUACAAAAACCUGUUUACAUUCAAACACACAAAAACUGCUUAGUGCUAAAUACAGACCUGCAAACAUGGGUAAAUGGUAGAGCCCCAGCUGUCAAUGCAUUUGGAGGGAGACCCCCAAAAAUGCUUGCACCUCUCUACUUUAGGUCCGCCACUGCGUUGAGGUGGAGGACGUGAUUACAUGCCUGGGGAGGGGGGGGACAGGGUCCAGGGGGCCCCAAGCAAAUGUUUUGCCCAGGGUCCAGUCACUAUUAAAGACGGCCCUGCAUAUAUGCACAAAUACAACGACACAAAGCAAUUACAGUAAAAAUAACACAAGCAGAAUACGGCAGCAUACACCCCUCGAGUUAAAAAAAAAUAAAUAAAUAAAAAUAUAGGAUUGGCACGCUACGGGACAUCACAAUUCUAUAUCGGCACAGUGCUGCUAAAAGGUUGCCUACCCCUGGUAUAGGGCUACAUUUGCAAUGCAAACAUUUUUACAUAUAUAAACUUACAUAGGAAUUGUAAACAAAGGAAUGCCAUACAACAGGAUUAAAAAAAAUUAAAAAAAAUUAUGCCAAUUCUUUUAACAAGUUUUAUGAAUUCUUUUAACAAAAUAAUUGCAAAGUAGAAUAAUUGGGAACAUUUUCUGUGUCUGUAUGUAUGUAUGUAUGUAUGUAUAUAUAAUUUUUAUAUAUAUAUUUUUUUUUUUUGGUCCAAACUUGACGUUCCAAUGUCAAUUCUCUACGAUUCCUGGUUUAGUGAAUCAUACGCCACUUUUUUCAAUUUGACAGCUGCUCCAUUCCACUCCCUUGACUUAAAGAAUAUUCUUGGUCUCGUGUGUUGUGCGUCCGGAAGUUGGUUUCACCUUAAGCAAAUCUAAAAGAGAGGCAUUUGUGAAAUGAACUCCAAUCCUUUUAAUACAUGCUAAUUUGUGUCCUUUAUUUUUUAAUGACAAAGCGGUGGAAACUGAUAAUGAAAUCCUGAAAGUAAACCUAGAGCGUCAAAAAGAAUUACUGACCGAAAAAGAGCGCGAGUUGAUCCGCAAAGUACAGGCAGCCAAAGAGGCGGGAUUUCACCAGAUUGCCGCCCUCGAAGAUGAAAGGUGAGCAGAUAAAUGUACUCUUUAAUGUCCUUUUAUAUUGUAAUAUUCUAUUUUAUCCGCAUUGAACAUUUUGUAAUUGGAAAAUAUUUCACACGUGUACCAAUCUACAUUUUUACCGGACUUUCCAGUGCUCUAUUGAGUGUCAAUAAGAUUUCAUGCUUGACUUCCACACAACAACUAUUAGCUGAAACAUGUUUUACAAGGAUUACCUACCUUUAAGGCAGCAAUAUUGAAUUUUGAAUAUUUUAUUUUCUAUUCACUAUAAUUUUAAUAAAUUAACCAGGUAACGUUUAUGUCUGGUAAGAUUUAUUUUGACUGCUGAAAUAUAUAUUUAGAAUAAUAAAGUGUAAAAACUUGUGGAGAUAUGUUUUAACGAAUAUCUAUAGAGUUAAAGGGACACUAUAGGCACCCAGACCACCUCAGCUCAUUGAAGUUGCAUAUUCCCAGGUCCCUUAACGCUGCAAUGGUAAUUAUUGCAGUUUUUUUUUUUUUUCUAAACUGCAAUUAUUAGCUUUAUGGGUUACUCCACCUGUACUGGCUGUCUACCAGACAGCCACUAGAGGGACUUUUGGUCGCAUAUCUGACGCUGGACGUCCUCACGCUUUGCAUGAGGACUUCCAGCGUCACCGGAAUCCCCAUAGGAAAGCAUUGAAUAAUGCUUUCUUAUGGGAAAAUCCUAAUGCGAGCAUGAAAAAUUUUGUUUUCUCGGCACUAUAGUUUCCCUUUUAAGAAAACUGUCAUUAUUUGUCUCCUUUUCGGUUGUGAUUUAUUAAUUAAUUUUUUGUUUGUUUUUUAGAUUGGAAUUUGAAAGUCGGAUUGUUGAACUUGAGAAGUAUAAAAUGGACCAUGAUAACCAAAAGCAGUCAGAAAUUAGUCAACUGGAAGAGAAAAUCCGCAUUGCCCAGUUAGCAGAAGAAUCCACCCGCAGAGAGCUCCAAAGCUUGAGGUUAGAUGGCUUUUUGUAAAUUUUAACAGGGUUAUUCACUAAAGUAGGAAUUUUACAUUUACGACAAAAUAGCUAACUGUGAAAAUGUUGUCAGAUAUAUUCCCAUUCUAACUAUUUUGCUCUAAAAUUUUAAAUUCACUUUGAAUUCCAGACUACUUACAAAUGAUUGAAUAACAAUGUGUGAGUGUGUUUGUGUAAUUUUCACUUUGUAACUUACCUUCGAUCACAGUUUAUCUAUUUUUAAACCUUUUACUUUUCUAUUGCUGUUAAAACAAAAAGUAAGGCAUUUUCCCCCAAACAAAAUCUGGUUUGCAAUUUGUUGGGGCACACCUCUGAUGCUUGCUCUCUAAAUACAAAUUGUAGACUUUUGAUGUUGGAUAUCAGAACUGCAAAGUUUAUUUGGUAAUGUUCUUUAUCCAUCGCUACAGUUACAACUUGGCUAUCUUGCAUUUUUAUUUAUUUUUUUUACUUCAAUUCACUACAAUUCUUUUAGUGAAUAAAUCUCUUUCGGAGUAGUGAUGCAUACAAUAUUUUAUGACAUUUUUAUCAGCACAAUAUUGAGGAGAUGUAAUAACUUUAUUAUUAAUCAGUCACAUAAUCUAUAUAUUGCUAACCAAAAUGUGCUUGUCAUGUGAGAUACAAGAGAUCUUUCCAAGAACCAGUGGUGAUUGGAGGACAUGCUAUGUGUAGUUAUCAGUUGCCUAGGCAAGCUACUAUAACAAACUGUAAAGUGUCAGUGCACUUGUUUGCAUAAGAAUGUAUAGGUUAAAAAAAUGAAAUAUUGAAACAAUGUAAUAUUAUUCGUGCAGUUAGGAAGCUGGAUUCAAAAUGAAAUCGAAUUUGAUAUUCUCUGGCCACGUAAUUGAGAAUGAGCAUAAUAUUAAAUAAACUGGUUGCUCCAUGCUCGGUACAGUUGGGAACAAAGAAACUAUUUAGGAAAUUUCAGUUGGGAGAGUGCGUUAACUCUAAACAGUAUAUGACCUUUUUAUUGGAGGAAAAGGCUGAAAUAGCGUAGCAUUGAGGUCAAUGGGUGAUCCUGUGGGACACAGACAAUUCCCUCCAGCACCCCUGAAAUAUGACUAUUAUUUUUAUUUAUUUUUAUAAAAAUAGAAUCUUUAUGAAAUACUAAUUUUGACUGCCAUAUAUACACACCUUGGGGCAGACUGUUUGAAAACAGGCAGCUAGUCUCUAUGGUCUUCCCUGCUUUGCUCCCUGCACAGAAGCUGGUAAGACCAUGGAGAAUUACUGUUGAUUUUCCAAACACUGUCUGACUCCAGGUGUAUGUAUAUGGCUGAAAGAUCAUGUCAUACACUUAAGAUAGAAGAUUAUUAUAGUAAAAUAGUUUUGAGUCGACAGUUGUCCUUCAAGGGGGACUUUGCCUACCCAUGACAUUUUGGGUACACUCCUGCAUCUUUCAAAUGACAGACAUUAACGGGUUAGGCAUGUAUCAUCUGGUAUAUUGAGAUGGAGCUAAUGUCAUGUGAUUCAACAUCACAUGUAAUUUAAAGGGAAGCUUUGAAAUCUUGUGGUGGAUGCAGGAGGUUCGGUUCGGAGGUCCUGUGUUUUGAGAUGGGUAACGUUUUGUAUACAGUGGCGGUGCAGGGCAAAAAUCAUUUAUCUAGACAAAGUAAAAUAAAUUUCACUCUUAAAGAAGAUCACACAUUUUUAAUAAUUGGAUGGAUAUAGAUAACUUAAUUUGUGUUAAUAUUUUCUUUCAAACUGCAACUGAAUUCCUGCAGGCAACAAAGUGCCUUUUUGGUAAAGGUUUUCAUCCAUCCCUCCGUUUAGACUUCAGUUAGCUAGCAAUUGCAUACACCUAGCUGCUGUAAUUCAUAAUUAGUCAUUCAUAAAUUAAAUGUACAUUUUAUCAAGAGUUUCCAUAUUGCCUGUGAUGUGUUAGAUGGUUUUUGUACUUCUAAAGUGUUCCUUCAUUGUGUUUUUAUUUUAUUUUUAUUUUUUUUGGUUAUAGGUCCAAACUUCAACAGCAAAUGGUUUACACAGAGCAGCUGCAGAAAAGCAAACGAGAUGAAGCAGAUCUUAAACAGGUAGCACUUAAAGCACACAAAUCUAUUGAAUGUAUGAAAACUGCAAACAGAAUAUUUCUAUAAUAACAAGGGGAAAGUCUGUAUUUACCUGCGCAUGCAUCAUAAGAGAUCUAUUGAUACUGGCUACAAAAUACAGAAAAUUAGACUUCACCGUAGCCUUAAUCCCAUUAUAGGGUAAACUAUAGUGCCCCCUAUCUGGUGCACCCCCCUCCGGUGCAGGAAGGGUUAAAAACCUGAGUUCUGCGCUUAUGUUCCUCGGCACUGACUUAGGACGUCAGCUGGUGGGGGAGACCUAAUGCGCAUGCGCAGCAAUCGCUGCACUCGUUUUAGGGAUUUUCCCAUAGGAAAGCAUGUAUAAUGCUAUCCUGUAGGGUUUUGGGUGAUGCUGGAUGUCCCCAUGCAUACCAUAAGGGUUAAGGGACCUGGGACACUGCAUGCAGGCCACUUCAAAGAGCUGAAGCGGUCUGGGUGCCUAUAGUGUCCCUUUUCAAUGUACGUUAACAGCUGAUAUAGGUAAAAUAAAGUGGGUUUAGUUGCAAAAGCCUUCUACAUUAAUGUACAACUGGUAAGCUAGUAUUCUAAGUGUAAAAGAAAAAAAUGGGCAUUAGCUCUGUUUUAAUGGCGAUAUUCAGCAUCCAGGUUGUUUUACACACUAUUAUUUAAAGGGACACUCUGGACUCCUAAAGCACUUUAACUUGCUAAAAUAUAUAUGUGAAGAUUGUGUCUUGACAAUCAGUCCUGUUACUUUCUGGUGGUUUAGCACAAUGGACGUGCCUUGCAAACACUUCUCAUUGAGCUGCAUUGGGAAGUCUAUGAUUGAACAGCCUGGGUGGUGGAGGAAGGGAAGGGAUUGCAAAGGCUGCAAACAGAACUGCAGCUUUUGCAAGCUGUUUUAUAUUUUAGGCAUAUCUACUAAAAAAAUUAUUUGUAGUUUUUGUGUUUCUUUUUGUUUUUAGUUGUUGGUUAAUGGAGUGUCCCUUUUUAACAAGAUUGUGUUUUGGUUUUGUUUUUUUUUUUAAAUAUAUAUAUAUUUUUUUUUUAUUUUGUGUUUCAUUUACUCUAUAGGAAAUUAAAGAAUUGAAAAUUCAGGUAACUUCUAUGUCUGAAUCAGAAAACCACUUAUUACGCACUAAUGAAAAGCUGCAAGAAAACGUAGAGAGGUUAAAACAGGAAAUACGUAACACAAGAAGCCAUGCAGAACGCGUCCAGCAUGAUGCGGAGAAGUAAGCCUUAGUUAUUGUAUUUGAAAAUGUCCAAGUAUUAAAGGUCCCCUGUCGUAAUUAAAGGAACACUAUAAUGUCAGGAAUACACCAGCCCUCAACUCUGUGAAGAUGAAAGGUUUGGUGUUCCUAGGCACCAAUGUAAACAUUGCCUUUUUUCUGUAAGGCAGUGUUUCCAGUACUAAGACUGCAGGAACAGGCUAUAGACACCAGAACCACUACAUUAAUUUCUAGUGACUAUAGUUUAAAGGGGAUUUCAUGCAAGGUUUGCAAAUGAUUUAAAGUGAACUUGUCAUGAGAAUGUGAUUGUAGUUUAUGAGGAACUGUCCCAUUCACAGCUUUAGCAACACCAAAUGGAUAACUAAACGUUUGCCAUUUGUUUUGUUAAAUUUUGCAAUCCUGAACAAACUAUUUUAAAUUAAUUCUCACAGUGUUGUAUUUUUAUUUUAUUUUUUGUGUGUGUUUUGCUUUGUUACCUCUGCUGCUAUAUUUACCUUGGUGAAUCACUUAUCUGGAAGUGAUAAUUCCUCUUUAGAGCUAACUUGUCUUGACAUGUCGAUUUUUAGCUGAAAUGACACCAUAGGCAUUGAAUAUAUUAUUUAACAUAAAGAUAACUGAUCUAUUCAGUGUGUGUAUGUAUGUAUGUAUAUUUUAUGCCAACUAUGGUAGAGUUCUCCUUCUCUCAUUGUUAGUCAAUUCUUCAGCAAAGAGGUCUGUCGACUUUGUGCUAAAAUAUUAAUUAUUGAAUGGGGAAGGGAUCAAUUUUUAAAUCUAAACAUUUGCUAGCACAAUGUACAUAUGGUAUUUUGUUUUAUUAUUAUUUUACUUUUGAGUAUAAAUAUAUCAUUAUUUAGAAUUCCAUUAGGAAUUAAAGGAACACUAUAGGGUCAGAAACACAAACGUGUAUUCCUGACUAUAUAGUGCAAAACACACUAUUAAGGUGGCUUGCUCCCCUAAAAAGGAAUAAAAGUCUCCUUAUUGACCGCGCCAUGCAGGUCCGACGGAGCUGGCUCUGCCCCCACACCCUUGCUGACAUAAUCAGAAUUGCCAAUUUUUAGCUAAUCCAAUGCUUUCCCCCGGGGAAAGCAUUGGAUUGGCUAACAUCAGCAAGGGGACGGGGCCAAACGCUGUUUUGGCCAAUCAGCACCUCCUCAUUGAGAUGCAUUGAAUCAAUGUAUCUCUAUGAGGAAAAUUCAGCGUCCCCAUGCAGAGCGUGGAGACGCUAAACAGCAGGGCUGCUUACUGUGCAGCACUGAGGCAGGAAGCACCUCCAGUGGCCAUCUGAGGAGUGGCCACUUGGAGGUGUCUCUAGGGGCAAUGUAAACACUGCCUUUUCUCUGAAAAGUCAGUGUUUACAUGAAAAUUCCUAAAAUCAAUGAUUAUACUCACCAAAACAACUACAUUAAGCUGUAGUUGUUCUGGUGAGUAUGGUGUCCCUUUAAAUGUAUAUGCUGUAGUCUCUAAAAUGCAUUGAAUUCCAUGCAUGUGCUGAAGGAGUAAAAAUAAUGCUGCUAAUAUUGUCUGUAAAAAAAAGUCUGACUGGUUUUAUUUGUAGUAAAACUGUUAGAAAGUAUAAAGACGGUGUCUGCUUUUUCAAUUUAAACUUUACAGGGAACUAGAGGGGAACCGUAUUGAAUGGUUGGAGGAAAAGCACAAUUUGCAUGAUCAGCUCUCUCAGUUACAAGAAAAAUACAAUCAGGUUAAAGGAAAACUACAACGAGCUGCUGCAGCGCAAAAGAAGGUAAUAUUUUACUAUAUUCUGUCAUUUUACACUCACUGGUCAUGUUUCCAUCACCCACUGUGUUACACUAAUCGAAUAUAUCUACAAAAACAAAAAAACACAGUUUUGCCACCUGCCAUGACACCUGAGUGUUUUUUUUUUUCUGCAUUGUAAGAAGUUGCUAUAAGUUACAUUCACACAUCCAGCUGUGUCCAACUUCUGCAGCUUGUUCAUAUGUAAUUUUUUUUUUUUUUUUUAAUUUGUAUUUUUUUUGUGCAUGAAAUCUGCAUCCUGUAAAUUUAGCAUUUGCUGUUUCCAAAGAUCGGUUCAAGUAUAGUAAUCGUAGUCAUACUGUUACAUAUUUACUGUAGUUAUUGUGCUUUCACUAAUGUUUUCAUUUCUGAGGUUUUCUCUUUCAGUAUUUUCCAUUUAUUGAUUUGAUGCAUCAAAUGCCUGCUGACGCUGUAGAAUGUAUGAAACGUUGUUCACUAAAGUGUGAACUAUUGGAUAUUUAAAGUGAAUUUUAAAUUUUAAGGCCAAAUUGAAAAUGUAACGGUUGUAUUUUAACGUCAUUGUGAGUCCACACAUUGUUGGUGUUCUCUUUUUGCUUACUGCUGGCCUUUAUUGAUUUCAGAAUCCCAUGGGGUUGUUCUGAGUAAAGAGUAAAAUAUUUGAAUUAUGUUUUUGUGGAACAUUCUGAGAAAAGGCAUGGAUUCAUUUUUUUAUUUUCAUGUCCCCAGAGAAAGACGUUAAAUGAAAACAGGUGCCGAAAGCAUGAGGACAGAAUUGAGCUCUUAGAGGCAAAGAAAGAAGAACUUGAAACCCAGAUACAUGUGUUGAAUCGGUAAGAGUUCAUCUGAGAGCCGAGCUGCUAUUUGGCAUAUCAUGGUAACCGUUUGCAGGAGCUCUAGGUCUGCUGCUGUUUAUACAUUACAUGAUAAAUACACUCUCUGUAGAAUGGAACUGCUCAUUUAUUUGUGUUCACUGUAUAUAUAGAACUGUGGGGAAUGGUGCAGAGCCAAAAAGUUUUUGACCAGAUAAGCCUAGUUGGGAAAAAUAGCUGAAUUGGAGAAUGCCUCCUGCUCUGCCAAUGUUUCUCCUAUUCAGCUCUCCAGAGUGUCUGUUCAGGAAUUAAAAAAGAACAAUAAUAAAAAUAUUUUACUAGUUUAUUAGCACUUUAUUACUGAAAACGGUAAUGGGUGGAGGAGGUGGGAAUGUUUACAUGCCAUGAUCUAGUGUAAUUUAAAUAAAGAUAUUUAAAACAGUUUUUUUUUCUUUUAAUAAAAUAUGAAUUUCCCAUAAGGCAAAACGUUCCUCGUGAAGAGUGUGGCAGACUUCAGAAACGGCUCAAGGAUCUGCAACGUAGACAUAAUGAAUUUAGGGGCUUAAUUUUGGGUCCAAACAUUCCAGGUUCUGGUCUCCUGAAUCCGCCCCAUCUGUCCUCCACGAUGCUUCCAGGAGCUGAAUUUUCAUUCUAUAAUAUCCAGGUGAAUAAUUUUACCUCCUUGUAUAUUAGUACAAUCUACAUAAGCAAUUUUUGAUAGUUUUUUUUUUUUUUUUUAUCCUUUCAGUUUAAAAUUGUAAAAUAAUUAGAAUUAUAGCAGGAAGUGCUAUCAAGUAAACGCAUUUAAGUGUUAUCUGGUUAAGGUGACCGUAGUAAACAUAUCUAUUGGUUUGUUUUGUUCUUAUUGGGUUUCUAUUUUAUUUUAGGAAGAGCAUCAUCAAAGAGAACUCUCUUUGGUUCGCAAGAGACUUGAGGAAUUGGAAAUGACACAAAAGAAACAAUUGGAGGAGCUUGGUCAUCCUAUCGAACGUGUUCGUCCUGAAACCAGUAAUUCAGGAGUACUGCAUGGAAAUCUAGAGACAGAAGAUCUAAGUGAACUAUCUGAUUCUGCAGGACAGACAAAAUGUGAAUGAACUUGUGAUUAUUUCAUGUCUUUUUUUUAUUUUUUUAUUUAUACUUUUGCCACUGGGAAAAAAAAAGGUAAAUUUUUUUUAAUUUUACAUUUAUUUUUUCAAGAUAGAAUUAUUAUUUUUCAACUCUUUUUAUGCACACAACUUCAUAUGGCAGACUUCCUUACAUUUCUCCUCCCUUUUGUGUAUCACAGAAGACACUUUAUCUUAACAUAUAUUUUAAUGUGUGUUAAAAAUAAAAAAAAACUUGAAUGAAAUUUUUUUUUAAUGUUUGCAGUGAUAAUUAACAUCC